ACGAAAAAUGAAAAAAACACACAAAUUUCACUAUCGACCGCAUAUUAAAAAAAAAUUACUUAUCACUAAUCUUACUAUAGACAAAUGUUUGAGAUGCAUUUCAGCGAUUAUUAUUUACUGCGGCCCUACACUCUCGACUUUACUGCGGUCCCCUUCCACGUGGCUUCCGGUUGGCAGUGCUUUCGGCCGGUCGCUGUUUACGGUUUCCUUUCCGCAUCUCGUCUUGGCGACGUCGGCCAGGGGACCGCAGCGAUGGCGCUCAAACGUCGAACGGGAUCCAAAAACCCUCCGAUUUUCAGCCACGAGUUCGUCAUCCAAAACCAUGCCGACAUUGUGUCCUGCGUGGCCAUGCUUUUUGUCAUGGGACUCCUGUUCCAAGUCACCGCACCAUAUGCUUCGGUUUUCAUCGCCGUGCAUCACAACACCACCGACGGCAUGGAAACGCAAGGGAUCGUGAACUACACGUACGGUGCCAAGGACAUAUGCCUGACCUUCUUCUACUUCCUCAUUGCCAUCGUCAUGCAUGCCAUCAUCCAGGAGUACCUGCUCGACAAACUGAACCGCAAGAUGCACCUGUCCAAGAUGAAGCACAGCAAAUUCAACGAGUCGGGUCAGCUGCUGAUCUUCUGCCUUGCCUCUUUCCUCUGGGGUGCCGAGAUUAUCCGCAAGGAAGGCUACCUGCCCAGCAUCAACAAGCUGUGGGAGGGCUACCCCCACAACGAGAUGUCGUUCAUGUUCAAGUUCUACUUCAUCAUCCAGCUGGCUUACUGGCUGCACUGCUACCCUGAGCUGUACUUCCAGAAGACGAAGAAGGAUGAGAUGUCUGCACGUAUUACCACAGCCACGCUUCCACUCAUCUUCUUCCUCGUGUCCUACGUUCUCAACUUCUCGAGGAUAGCGCUGUGCCUUUCGGUGAUGCACUACCUGGUGGAGACGGUGUUCCAUGCAUCCCGGCUGCUGCUCUUUGCCGAGCGCACUAAGGCCGCUGACUAUGGGUACGCAGUGUGGAAUGUGCUGUUCGUGCUGGUGCGGCUGGCGUCCAUCACGCUGUCUGUGCUCACUUUCUGGUACGGCCUGGCCCAGCAAGAGAAUGCUGCCCUGCCCAUUGGCCUGGUUACGGGCAACUUCAACACCAAGCUCAUCAGGGUGAACUGCACGGUGGCCGUGUGCCUUCUUCAGGCAUGGAUGAUGUGGAACUUUGUGAACUUCCACCUGCAACUGCGGAGGGAACGUGCCGAGGCCCAGCAGACCUCAGGCCCAGCUGCCAAGAAGAAGGCCGUCGGCCGCAAGGACCGCAAGGCUGCCAAGAAGGAUGAAUCCACCAAGCGAGCUGCAGAUGAGGACGUUAACGAGCUUCCCGAGGUGGACCAGAACGCUAAGAAGGAGCUUCGUUCUCGCCACCUUGCCAGUCCGAAAGCCAAGAGGAGCUAAUCUCUGCCCCCUUAAUUAAUGUUCUUUUUUCUCUCUCUCUCUGUCCAUCACUCUAAAGCUCUUUUAUCUUUUGUUCUUUCAUUUCAUCCUGCCUUCUCACAUCGGAAUGUCUCCUCAAUUGGACCUUUAGAACUUACUGCAAAAGCUGUCCCUUUCGGCUGUUCAGCACUUUCAUGGUACCAUGAAGACUUGCUGUUUGUGCAUUCAAUCCAUUUCAAAAGCAAGGGACACGUGUUCUGCCUCUGUGUGGGAAAUUCCCAGUGAAGUGUACCACUGUGUGAUCAUGAAACACAAGUUGUAGCUAGAAAGUGCUCAGGCUUUCUGGCUUGUAGCAUCCACAUUAUAAAUCUGGGUUUGAAAUUAUAUGAAUGCCUCUUAAUUGCAGCAAUACUGUACUCUCAAAUUUAAAAGGGCUGGACAAUGGUGGCAGGAGCUGGACUAGUAAUUCUUUCUCUGUCCUUAAAGUAACUCUUCCCAAUGUCUGGUUAUAUAGAAGCCAGCCAAUAUGGAAGUUGGGGCAUAGUCGUAAGCUGCAAAGGAAAUGAAGCCACAAACAGAGCAGGCGAAGCUCUUGCAAAUUAAUCACCCGCAUAUGUGUUCUGCGUGAGCAUAGGCAAGGCAGGUGUUUUGAGAGUGGUGAACAAUGAGGCUGGUUUCGAGCUUGACUGUUCUUGACACAUUCUUACUUUAGUGUCUGAUGCUUGCCCUGGUGUAACGCCUGCUCAUCUGCUUGCAAUGUGGAAUGAUUAUAUGUAAUUGGUGGUCAACAUAGAAAGGGUAUGUGGGUCUGAUGUAGUACAGCACCUCUGGAAGCCAUCAAGCCAAGCACAUUUGUGAGGAAUAUAGUGAGGGAGUAUCUUGAACAAGGGUUACUGCCUUCGACCACUUUGCAUUGCAGUGCCUUACAAAAUUUGGCAAAAAAAUACUGCGUACAAGCAAGAUAUUGCACUACUUGCAUCUUAGCACAAAAACCCGCAGUGACAGACAACUGUCGCACACAUCGCAAAGUGAACAAAGGCAGACAAAGGAAAGUGGUUGCACUAAAGUACCUCGUAUUUCUACCAUUAUUGUCUUUAAAUAAGCUCUUGAACAACUGAACUGGAAGAGUACUUCUUGUCGUUGAACUGAAAGAGGUGGCAGCGAAGAAGCACAUGAUUAAGGUUUUUGCGGUGCUUUCAUAUGUUGCCUUCUGCUUUGCAAUUUUGUUGUUUGGUGUGCUCAGUACUGGCUUUGAGUGUGUUUGAUGCUUCUGCACUUUGCCUCCCUGGUGAAUGACUCAACGAAGAGGACGUACUCAGUUCCUUAUUCACUCGAACACACUUCCAGCAGACGUGCCUUUCUGCUCACAUGCAGUGGUCGCCCUUGAACUGUGCUUGAACAAGGAAGGUUCCAUGGUAUCUGCAAAUUGAAGGGACUGCCCGUUUACUUCUGUCUGUUCAGUUCUUCUGUUCUUUUUUCUUUUUUACCGUUCCUUCCUUUCUUUUUUCAUUUUGAGAGGACCAUUUGCUGCAUUGACUGAAGCGCUUAGUUCACUAAUUUCUUGUGCAAUAUAUCACCACCACCAACAGGACCACUGUGUCAUUUCUGUUAAAUACCGUUUACAAUUUUCUUAUUUUCUUUCUUUCUAUUGACUGUAUUCUUUCUCUCCUUCCUUUCCUACUCCAUUUUUUUCUCCUCUUGCAAAGCCUGGUGAUCUACUGUACUCCAUUUCAUAUGUAGCAGGCAGUGUUAUGAAUGCUAGAGAGGCUUAUAUGUUUGACCUACCUAAAAGUAGUGCGCCAAAUAUGUAGGUGUAUGUUGUGUCGAAAAAUAGGCCUAAGUAUUAUGUGGAAGGCUUUCACAAAUGUGAACCUAUUUACCAUCAGAUGAGUGGAGCGAUACGUUUACACGACGGGCGGCCACAGCGCACUGAUGACAUGAACGUCCAAAACAUAGUAUGUUGCAUACUGGAAGCACGAACAUGCACAAAUAAUAUGCGGUUUGAUGUAACCUCAUGUUGACAAAUUCUAAUUCUAAUAUAUGAAGUAAUUAUUCCAUAGGAAGGGUCAGCAGACCAAUAACAACUGCACUAUAAAACUGUGCAGAGUGAGAUUUCAUUCACAUGCACUGCAUGCAUAGCUUCAGCAGCAUUGCCUGCUAAGUAUGAAACGGGGAGUACGCUGCGCCACCCAUUCACCUUGUAAACCUGUCUGCUCGAAGCAUACAUACCACCCACGUGCUCGUCUGAGUGAGAUUUACAAAACAACCUUUGCUUUGUAAUAAAAUGCCUUCUUUUUUUUUC